AUGGGCCAGUCAGGUCGCUACUGCCCUGAGAAAGCCGGGAGGUUGGCCUACCCCUCAGCGCCCAUCUACUCGCUUGCUUCGCGGACGAAGGAGUUUGACAACGACCAGACGCCAGGGCCGGCGGCUUAUGGGCUCCCUCCUAUGAUCGGUCCGAAGGUGGCCAACAAGCCCACAGCCCCCAAUUACUCCAUUUACGGCCGCAGUAUGGUGGGCAGCUUCUACGAGGAUCUCAGCAAGACUCCUGGCCCCUGCAACUACCGCCUGGUGGACACCAGCAUCUACAAGAACCGCCCGCCGCAUUUCAGCAUGCUGGCUCGCAACAUGCCUCCAGGGGACACCACUAUCAAACCAGGCCCAGGAGCGUACAGCCCGGAGAAGUAUGCCCAGCAACGUGGCGUGACCUUCGGCAUCCGCCACUCGGACUACGUGGCUCCUCUCAUCGUGGAUGUGGCAGAGUGAAGCGGCCGAGUCGGCAGAGACCAGCGAGACGAGAAAUGUGGAUUCAGGAAUACUUAGCUUUUCUCC